GUUAAUUGCCGUAUGCUUCUCUCUCUCUCUCUCUUUUUUUGGUGAAAUCUCUCUCUCUCUCUCUCUCUCUCUCUCUCUCUCUAUUCCUUUCUCCUUCUUUACUCCCUCUCCCCUGUCGGUGUGCAGAUCCCCACACUUCCUCUAGAUCUAAGACACCAGACGCCUAUAUAAUAUAUACGCGUACAUAUAUCGAUGGUUGAGAUGGAGUAUUAUUAGUUACGAUCUGGGUAAAUAGUUGCUGUGCGAAAGCCGAGUCUGAACAACCGACUUAAAAAAGUCUAUGAUUGCUGGUGGUGGGGGCGGGUGCUGCGGCGUCGUUUCGGAGGGUGGGGAGGAGUGCAUGAAGGUUGACUGUGUUGGCUUUCUCCUUGUUUUUGAGAAUUCGAAGAGGCGAGUGAGGUGGGACUGCUCGUUUGUUAUCCGAAGCCGCGGCCGGUGGGGCAAAUGCGGCUGAUUCGAGUUUCCGAUUUCUGUUAGCAAUUACCUUGGUUCGAUUCGGGGUUUUCAGUUUCUGUUUUUGCGAUUUGGGUUUUGAGGAGAAACUGUUUGAUUAGUAGCAAUGCAGCAAGAUCACCGAAAGAAGAAUUCGAGUGAGAUGGACUUCUUCUCUGAAUAUGGUGAUGCCAAUAGGUAUCAAAUUCAGGAGGUUAUAGGGAAAGGCAGCUAUGGGGUUGUUUGUUCAGCCAUUGACACCCAUACUGGUGAAAAAGUGGCAAUUAAGAAAAUACGUGACAUUUUCGAACACAUUUCAGAUGCUGCCCGAAUUCUUCGUGAAAUAAAGUUGCUUAGACUUCUGCGGCAUCCAGAUAUUGUUGAAAUUAAACACAUUAUGCUUCCACCUUCAAGAAGAGACUUCAAGGAUAUUUAUGUUGUUUUUGAGCUGAUGGAAUCAGAUCUUCACCAAGUUAUUAAGGCCAAUGAUGACCUGACUCGGGAGCAUUAUCAGUUCUUCCUUUACCAGUUGCUACGAGCUUUGAAGUAUAUUCAUACAGCAAAUGUCUAUCAUCGAGAUUUAAAACCGAAGAACAUACUGGCAAAUGCCAACUGCAAGCUCAAAAUAUGUGAUUUUGGGUUGGCGAGAGUUGCAUUCAGUGAUACUCCUACUACAAUAUUGUGGACGGAUUAUGUUGCUACAAGAUGGUAUAGAGCUCCAGAAUUGUGUGGAUCAUUCUUCUCAAAGUAUACGCCUGCAAUUGAUAUAUGGAGUAUAGGCUGCAUUUUUGCAGAGGUUUUAACUGGGAAGCCACUAUUUCCUGGAAAAAAUGUUGUUCACCAGCUGGAUUUGAUGACUGAUCUUCUUGGCACACCUUCAAUGGACACUAUUUCACGGGUUCGAAAUGAAAAGGCCAGGAGAUACCUUACUAGCAUGAGGAAAAAGCAGCCUGUGCCUUUUGCACAGAAGUUUCCAAAUGUAGAUCCUUUAGCACUACGACUACUGGAGAGGUUGCUUGCUUUUGAUCCAAAGGAUAGGCCAAAUGCUGAAGAGGCAUUAUCUGAUCCGUACUUCAAAGGACUAGCCAAAGUGGAGAGGGAACCAUCUUGCCAGCCAAUUACAAAAAUGGAGUUUGAAUUUGAGAGGCGAAAGGUUACAAAGGAAGACUUACGUGAAUUAAUUUUUCGUGAGAUUCUUGAGUACCAUCCUCAGUUGCUCAAGGACUACAUGAAUGGAAUAGAAAGGACUAAUUUUCUUUAUCCAAGUGCUCUUGAUCAAUUCCGGAAGCAGUUUGCUCAUCUUGAGGAAAACGGUGGUAAAAACGGGCCAAUGAUUCCACCUGAUAGAAAGCAUGCAUCUCUCCCUAGGUCUACAAUUGUACAUGCAAAUACAGUCCCUCCAAAAGAACAAGCAAAUGCUCCUACCUUUAGAGAUAGGCCGGGAGACUCAUGCAGUAAUAGGAACUCCAAAGAUAUGGAUGGAGUUCCUGUAAAUCCAUCAAGGAGCUCACAGGCACAACAGAGGAUACCUUUGGCCAAACCAGGAAGAGUUGUGGGGCCGGUUGUAUCAUAUGAAAAUGGAAGUGUGACCAGAAAUGCAGGAGUCCUCCUUCCUCCACAGGCUAACCCUCCAGCAUACUGUUACCGCAGGAGCGUGUCCGGAAAGCUCGAAAGAUCCUCCACAGAGACGGAAAGAGAGAGGGACUUUUCUUCUUCUUCUUCGCAAGCAAAGCAAGUCCCUCAAUUUGGAAUGGCUGCUGCCAAAUUGGCCCCGGAUAUAGCCAUCAACAUAGACAACAACCCAUUCUAUAUGACUCGAGCUAUGGUGGAUUAUGGUGUUGACGACAGAGUUGCCAUUGACACGAAUUUGUUGCAGGCGAAAGCCCAGUACGGAGGAAUUGGUGCUGCUGCUGCUGCUGCUGCGAGUGCGGCUGCUCACCGUAAAGUAGGAACCGUUCAAUACGGUUUGUCGAGAAUGUAUUAGAACGACUGAAAAUGGGUGUUAUGGCCGAAGUGGAUGGUAACAGAAAGAGUGCCGCGCCGCAUUGGGUGGUUUUGUACAGAACGAGUUGAGUCCCCAUUUGAAGAGUCAAGCGUCUCCUUGUGGUCUUAGAGACUAGUUGUGUUAGUAAAAACAAGCAAGUUCAACUCUCUA